AGCAAGCUCAGCGUUCAGCGUGCGCUAUGGAGGCGCGUGUCGCAGAGCUGAAACAGAAGAUUGAGGACACCUUGUGUCCUUUUGGCUUCGAGGUUUACCCCUUCCAGGUGGCAUGGUACAAUGAACUCCUGCCUCCAGCCUUCCAGCUGCCCUUCCCAGGACCUACCCUGGCUUUCCUGGUACUCAGCACGCCUGCUAUGUUUGAUAGAGCCCUCAAACCCUUCUUGAAGAGCUGCCACCUCCAAACACUGAGAGACCCUGUGGAUCAAUGUGUGUCCUACCACCUGAGACGUGUUACAGAGAAGUUUCCAGAACUGCAUAUGGAAGUCAUUGCUGACUAUGAGGUACACCCAAAUCGGCGACCUAAGAUUCUAGCCCAGACAGCAGCCCAUGUGGCAGGUGCUGCUUACUACUACCGACGACAAGAUGUGGAUGCUGACCCAUGGGGGACCCAGCACAUAGCAGGUGUAUGCAUACACCCCCGAUUUGGGGGCUGGUUUGCUAUCCGAGGGGUAAUGUUGCUGCCAGGGAUUGAAGUGCCAAAUUUGCCACCCAGAAAGCCCCCUGACUGUGUGCCUACAAGAGCUGGCCGCAUCACUCUGCUUGAAGGCUUCAAUUUCCAUUGGCGGGACUGGACUUACCGGGAUGCUGUGACUCCUGAAGAACGUUACUCUGAAGAACAGAAGAUCUACUUUUCCACCCCACCUGCCCAACGUUUGGCCCUAUUAGGCUUAGCCCAACCCUCAGAACACCCUAGUACAUCUGAGCAUACUCUUUCCUUGCUUCCCAAGCCUCAGAAUUCCAGGAGAGCUAGAAGCUGGCUUAGUCCAAGUGCCUCACCACCUGUAUCCCCAGGCCCUUGAUAACUUUCCCCCUGCAGAAUCCUA